UCUGACAAAUCAUUCCCGUCCAGGCACCGGAGAGCUCGCAGAUCUCGAAUGGCAACCGCAGCAGUAAGAGAGAGAUAGGGAAUCCCCGAGCGUCGCCGCAACGAUACCGACCCGGUUCAUCCACGGUGCUGGUUUCAAUGCACGUUUCCAUCAGCAUGGCACGAAGACACGUUUGAUGCGCUCUUCGGACCGGACCGUCAGUGCUGCGGAACGCUCGCAGCAAUAAAGUCUAUAAUAAAGAAAGGAUUUCAUUUUUGUAUUCUGGACGUGUGAGGACACUCAUGAGGCAGCCACCAAGUGAGAUUGAUAGUAUGGCACUGAGCAGCACGCUUUUGCCCUCGAUAUCCACCUUUGCGAGCGGCGCUGAUGUGAAGCACAAGGCCAUGAUGGGACCUGGAACCAGUUUAAGAUGGAAGGAGGAGAUGUCUCAAUUGAAACGCCCCUGCAUGCCUACAGGUGGGACCUGCACUGACCUGGACGUCCCCUUAGCAAUGGCCAAGAAGGAGCCAGAGGAGCUGGAUCUGUUGGACUAUGACUUCAUUCUGUCGAAUAGCAUGCUGCAGCAGCAACAGCAACAGGCCUCCAUGGCCAGCACCUCCAGAACUCUUCCACCCUCCCCUACGUCCUACACCUACCAGAUGCCCUCUCCUCAGGGCCAAGAGACCAAUAUGCUGUACAACAUCCCAGAUAUAAGUGACGUAUCUCCCUCUGGAGGGUUUGUUGCUGAACUGAUGAGGCCGGAGCUGGACCCUGCAUAUCUUCAGCCCACAAGCCUCCACGGUAAAUUUGUGGUGAAGACCACCAUGGACAUGACAGACUAUAGCCAAGUGUUUAGCGUUAGUAAGGCAGGCUCAGUUUCGGACACUUCCUCUCUGCCGUUUCCGUGUGCUAGGAUAAAGCAGGAAUGUCCCAGCACCUGCACCAUUGCCCGGCCCAUGGACAUCCACCUGGGGGUGAACUCACGGCCCGGAGGGAGUCAGAGACCCCUGCUAGACACUCAUGGUUACCCAGCAGUGCGAGGAGCCAUGGGGCCCAGCCACUCAUCUACUUCCUCUCUGUCUCCAGAUGAGCAUCCUCAAGCUCAGGUGCUGGGACCCCCUCCACUGCCCCUGGCCCAGGGAUAUCACCCCUCCCCGGGUUAUUCUGGCUUUCCGCAGCCUCCUGCGCAGUCCCUGCAGUACCAAGAGCUGAUUUCUCCAGCCGAGUGUUUGCCAGAAGAGUCCAAGCCCAAGCGAGGUCGACGGUCCUGGCCGAGGAAGCGGAUAGCUACACACACAUGUGAUUAUGCAGGCUGUGGCAAAACUUACACCAAGAGCUCACACCUCAAAGCCCACCACAGAACCCACACAGGAGAAAAGCCGUAUCACUGUGACUGGGAGGGAUGUGGCUGGAAAUUUGCCCGUUCAGACGAGCUCACGAGGCAUUACAGGAAGCACACGGGCCAUCGGCCCUUUCAGUGCCAGAAAUGCGACAGAGCAUUCUCGCGGUCCGACCACCUUGCACUGCACAUGAAACGGCAUCUAUAACCAAGACUAGAAGAGCCAAAAGAGUGAAGAUACUAGUGGACUAGUGAACCACGUGUUGCCUUUGAACAAGAGUCAACGAAACCAGAGCUCCAUGACAAGCUGUGUUGUCCACAGCAUCAGGGUUGGGACUUUUUUUGUUGUUGUUUUGUUUGAUUCUUUUUUUUUUUUUUUUUUUGUCAUGUUGUCUUCCAACAUGCUGGCGAUUCAAGAGGCCCUGUUAAUUUUCUACCCACUGGGAUGUUACUGGAAUGUGCAUCUACUUACCGACAAGACUUGGUGAUGCCAAGUGCCAAACAAAAGACUGGAAAUAAAUGAAUAUCAGGGAUAUAUGGAACAAUUAUGAGAACAUAUGUAUUAAAACAGAACAACCGUGGCCUUUAAUCGACCUACAUUCCAUCACACACCUCUCAAACACUGAUCCAUCUGAAUCUAUUUUUUUAUCGCUCUAUCUAAAGUUAUUAAUUUCAGGUACUGAGUAAUUUAUACGUGUGUUACCAGAUGGUGCUGAGUAUAGUCAGGUGUAUUCAGUAAGGUACCAAAGAUAAAAGUGGAUUUUAAUUAAAGCCUGUUAGUCUUCGGGGUUCUAAACCUCACAUGGAACAGGGGCGAACACAUGACCUCUCUUUGGUGAUGGCAAUCUAAACUGCACUGUGGUUGCAAUAAUUUUGAUAUGUAAGACACUCAUAUUUUUAUAUAAGAAACAAAAAAUGACUCUGAACAAAGCUUUUUGUUUAUAGUCAGAUUAAUGUAAUAUAAUCUUAAAUUUUGUACAUUUGUAAAUACUUUCAUUAAGAUUUUUGUAUUUUAUUAAUGCAAUCCAGUGUAAACAGCAAAAUAAAAUGUAUUUGAGAUUUCUUUUUUUUUUUUUUUUAUGAACAUCUCAUGAAUAACUGUAAUUCCAACAAUUGCUCUUUCUGUCUAAACAUUUGCAUGGAUUGUGGUGCAUUCAAACACAAUCAGGUUUUUCCAGCCUACCUAUUUUAAGUGGUUAAUUACCAUUCAGUCAAGCAGCAGGUGGUGUUAAGAGACUAAAUUAUUUAUCUUAUUCAUUCCUCUUAUAUGAAUUGGUUUCAGUCUGAAUUUUACUUUCCCUAAAUGUAUUAAGUGAUGUGCUUAAAUAUUUAUGUCAUUGUGCAUCAUUUUUUUUUUUUAAAUCUAAAAUCCUGCCUGAUUAAAAAAAUAAUAAAACAAUUCAUUGGUAUA